UACUGAAGAUGUUAAUUACUUUUCCUGCCUAUUCUUGUGAAACUGGUCUCUACUGCAUGUUUGGACAAGCAAUAAUCGAUCAGAGUGAGCGCCUGGUGGACUCGGCUUUCAACUGCGACUGGAUCAACAUGGGCCCUCGGUUCCGGCGUUCACUCACCAUCUUCAUGCUCCAGGCGUCACAGCCGCUCAACGUCAAAGUCGGGAAACGGGUCAUCCUCUCGAGGCAUACAUUUCUGAGGCUGCUGAAUGGAUCAUAUUCAUUAUUCAACAUGUUACACGGGGUGCAGAAAUAGCAGGCAUGUGAAAAAC